UUCCCCCUUCUCUUUCAGCCAUCUUGGAACCUGUGGAGGCCUCCUGGGAGCAGGACUUCAAAACCAGUAAAUAUGUCGGGAAGGUUGUGGUCCAAGGCCAUUUUUGCUGGUUAUAAGCGGGGUCUCCGGAACCAGAGGGAGCACACAGCUCUUCUUAAAAUUGAAGGUGUUUAUGCCCGAGAUGAAACUGAAUUUUAUCUAGGCAAGAGAUGUGCUUAUGUGUACAAAGCAAAGAAUAACACAGUGACUCCUGGCGGAAAACCUAACAAAACCAGAGUAAUCUGGGGAAAAGUAACUCGUGCUCAUGGCAACAGUGGCAUGGUUCGUGCCAAAUUCCGAAGCAACCUUCCUGCCAAGGCCAUUGGACACAGAAUCCGUGUGAUGCUUUACCCUUCAAGAAUUUAAACUUACUGAAAAUUAAAUAAAAGUGCAUUUGUUCUCUUGUAAAAAAAAAAAAAA